GGGGGAAGCGCCUUUCUCUGCUGUCGUAAAAUCGGCAGACGGGUUGUGGCUGGGAAGAUGGCGGCGCCCGCAAUGCUCGGGGGGGCCGCUCGAUUGUGGAGCUUCUGCAACUCCGUCGGGUCCGGGAGGUUACUAGCACCUUGCAGUGCCCCUCUUCUGUCAAAUAUCCAUACAAGUGCAUCUCUUGGGGAGCUUGGAAGAUGGGAAAAGAAGAAUAGGAUGGUCUAUCCUCCACAGCAACCAGGAGAACCUCGAAGACCUGCAGAAAUAUACCACUGUCGAAGACACAUUAAAUACAGUAAGGACAAGAUGUGGUACCUGGCAAAACUGAUACGAGGCAUGUCCAUAGAUCAGGCACUAGCACAGUUGGAAUUCAAUGACAAAAAGGGAGCUAAAGUGAUAAAAGAGGUCCUUCUAGAAGCCCAAGAAAUGGCGGUGAGGAAGCAUAAUGUAGAAUUUAGAUCCAACUUACACAUUGCUGAAUCCUUCUCUGGAAAAGGGCACUACCUGAAAAGGAUCCGCUACCAUGGCAAAGGCUUUUUUGGCAUUAUGGACAAAGUCAAGUGCCACUACUUUGUGAAAUUAGUAGAAGGCCCACCUCCACCUCCAGAGAAGCCAAAGACUGCUUUUGAUCAUGCAAAGGAGUACGUGCAGCAGCUUCGUAGCCGAACCAUUACUAACACAUUGUAAUAUUCCCCACUGCGUUGCUCCCUUUUUUGUGAUAACCAUGUAAAUAAAGUACAUUUUAAAAAUCA